UCACACAGGACUAGGAGCCUUUGUAGGACCAGAUGCAAGCUAUUUAGCCGGGAAGGGGAUGCCCUGCGUAGUCGCCUUUUGUUACAAGGUUAUGUGGCUCAAGGCGCCCUCCGCUUUGUAAGCUCGCCUUCCUCACCCCGAAUACGCGCAGGCUGGGAUUGCUUCCUGGGUGCUGGGAACUUCCUGCAGGGCGGGAGUGAUCUCAGAACUGACCACUGCAGCUGCUACAGACUCGGAGCGGCAAAAGGGAGCUUCUUCGAGUUGGGCUGAGCUGGAACAGAGACACAGUUAAACUCUAUAGUCGCUUCUGCCAUUCCCAAAAAUGUCUGAAGAGGACAGGUGUCCAAGUGAGGCUGCGAAGGACAAGGAUCUGUUGCUGCAGCAGCUUCAGCCUCUCUGGACGACAAAAGAUAUGGAGAAGCUCAGGGAGGAAGCCCAUUUGGGCUUUGCAGCCCUCCAAGACCCUCUGACAUGGCUUUUGGACAUUCUGGAAGACAGCAGAGCGUGGAAGGGGAAAGGACACUGCCUGGUGUCGCAUGUUGUCCGUGAACUACACCUUUGGAUGAAGAAGCAUCCUGAGGGCCAGCCGUCUGGCCUGAAGUUAAAAAAGCUCCAGGCCCGUGUCUUUCCAGUGCUUGCUGAGUGCCAUGGAAGCUUACUUGGGCCACUGAUCAGCCUCUACCAGCUCCACACGGCAGAUCGCCAUGAUCUCCUGGGCCACGUCAGCCAUCUCUACUACAAGGACAAGUUCAAAGAGGCUGCCACUUUGAGCAUUAAACUGAAACUGCAGCCAGACUUGGAGGUUGAGAAGAUGUGUGUUCCAUUGCUGCUUCAAGAUAAAACGGACCUUGUCGACUCUUAUGUGGAAGGCUAUUCUGAUCUGCAGAAGCAGCUCUUGCAGGUGUUGGACUUGUGGUUUGCGCCUGGCUUUCAGAUCAAAGACAUCACAAGGCAGUAUCGAGGUGUGUCCAGUAUAAGGCCAGAGAAGGUCAACUAUAGGACAUUGAAUAAAAUGGUCUUCCGAUUCCUGGACAAGUACCAUCUAGAUCCAGCUCUGUGCCCCAAUGUGAUCAACCAGAGGCACCUGGGUACUCUGAAAUACCUGCUGCACAAGAGAUUUGUUGAGAAAACCAUGACACAGGAAAACUGGGCUGACCACAUCCAGUUCACCAUCCAGGACAAUCGGUGGCUGCAAGAGCAGUUGGUCCAGCUGCUGGUUCGCUACUGUGGCCUUGGCGCUGCAGCCACGUGGGCCCUGCACUACAGCCUUCCCAAGGACAGCCUGCCUUUGGGCGUGGCAGAGGAGAUGGCGAAGCUCACAGCAGAGGAGAGAGAAGCUGUUGCAGAGCAGAGAACGAGCGACUGCGGGGGCAGGAAGAAGGGUGGUUGUUACCAGCUCCCCAUCCCCAGGAAGGAUGUCCUUUUCUUUUCAACAUGGGAAGAAGUGCUAAAGUGCAAGCAGCACGUGCUACAGCCUGGCCAGGUUGUUGGGAUUGACAUGGAGUGGCGGCCAUCCUUCGGUGCCGUGGGAGGGAAGCCUCGGGUCUCGGUCGUUCAGCUAGCUGUUCGGGAUCGGGUUUUUCUCCUGGACAUACUGCAGCUCCUCAGACAGGAAGGGCAGGAGCAGAGGCUUGCCAGCUUUUUCCAGGCCCUCUUUGCUGAUCCAGGCAUCACAAAGCUAGCCUAUGGGAUGUCAGGAGACCUGCAUCACCUCACGGUUAGCUGUGCCGCUUUCAGAGAUGUGGACAAGCAGCUGCGCGGGUUCUUGGACCUUCUGAUUAUACAUAAACAACCCUUAAUCCUGCGCAUUCGGCCACAUUGGAUGCCCAUGAGGGAGGGAGAAGUCCUCUUGGACUUGUGUCUGUGCUCUCUUUCCUUGCUGUUCCUUCUUCAGCUUCCGAAAUGCUCUGGCGGUGAGUCGAGGAAGAGCUGCCCGGAGGAGGACGGUUUGCCCGGCGAGGCACGGAGAGGCUGCCUGCCGGAGAAGGGCCUCAGCCUGCUGGUGCAGGACAUCUUGGGGAAGCCCCUUGAUAAGACAGAGCAGCUGUCCAACUGGGAGAAGAGGCCUCUCCGAGAGGAGCAGAUCCUUUAUGCAGCAUCUGACGCUUACUGCUUGCUAGAGGUUUACACAAAGUUGUUGGAGGAUCCUGCAGGCUUCGGCCUGAGUUCCAGCAUCAUGACUCUCCUGCUGGGGAAAGUGAAUGUUGAUGCGAAGGCAAAGAAGCCGUCCAGCAGACAAGCGCCACUGCCCCCUUGCAAAGAGAACUCUGCACUGAGUCAGGAUGAGGCCGAGAGUCCUGUGACGGUCAUCCCAGCUCAGGACUUCCGCGUGGUCUGUGACAACAUGCUACAAGGCCUGGGCCGGUACCUGCGCUGCCUUGGAGUGGACGUCCGGAUUCUAGAGAAUGACGACGAGCAUCGAGAGGCAGCUGAGAUAGCCAGGCAAGAAAGGAGAGUCAUUUUAACCUCGGGGCUGCCGUAUCAGACGCUGCGGGGCCAAGUGGGAGAAGGAAGGUGUUUCUCAGUGAACUGCUCCGAGAAGGCCCAGGCCCAGGCCCUCCACGUUCUGAAACACUUCAAUGUCCAGGUGACGCUGGCCGAUGUUUUCAGCCGCUGCCAGGCCUGCAACUGCAACCAGUACCUGAAGAUCUCCAAGGAGAAGAUGAUGCAGCUGAUGAAGCUGAGAGGCUGCUUGAAGGGAGAAGAUGGCGCCCCAGGCGAAUUGACAAAUGAUCCUGACAAGAACGUUGUGGCUGAAACCCUUGAACUCGCCUCUCACUGGCCCAUUUACAGUCCAAACUGCCAGUGUCUGGAGGAGUUGAGCCUUGACGUGGAGUCGGCCCUGCUACCCAAUGGCAGGCCCUUGAAGAUUGAGGCCAUCCCUGUCGGAAUGCUCUCCAAGGAAGACUUGAGCUGCUUCUACUGCUGCAGCCAGUGCGGCAAAGUUUUCUGGGAAGGGUCCCACUUUGGGCAUGUGGUCUCCCAGUUCAAGGAGGUGCUGGACCUAUCAGAAGACAACCGGAGCUUCUAUGAGGAGGUCUGAGCCUGGGGUCGGGACAGGCUCAAAGGGAUGACUGCUGACAGUUAAUGUGGAAUUAGCUGUACGCCAAUGUUAAUGCAUAGAAAUGUGGGGGAAGACGAGGGACGUUCUCCUUACGAUCUGUUGGGACACCCAGUGAUAUGUAACCAUUUGUAAAGUUUUAAAAGCGUCUCAUUCCUGAGACUUUUCAUC